CUGCCAACGCAAAGGUUAAUGAAAUUAUAAUCCUGACGAAUGAGAACGCGUACCUACGGUACUUCGUGUCGAAGAUGGUGAAGUCCCAGAUCCCGAUCCUGCUAGUAGGCCCCACGGGCACCGGCAAGUCCUCGCUCGUUAUCGACUUCCUCUUGUCUCUGCCGCGGCACAGGUACAUCACCAAUACCAUCAACUUCUCCGCAAGAACCACUGCUAACCAGACUCAAGAUAUCAUAAUGUCGAAAGUGGAUAGACGUCGUAAAGGUGUAUUCGGCCCAUCAAUGGGUAAAAAGUGUGUCCUGUUCGUGGAUGAUCUGAGCAUGCCGCAGAAGGAGCAGUACGGCGGUGGUCGCGGCAACGAUGGAGGUGUACAAAUUGGUGACGCUGCAGUUCUUGCCCACACCAAGCAAGUGCCACUACCUGUUUAA